AUGCCAUCAUUUGAUAAACAACACCAUUGGUCCGAAAGAGACAUUAUGAAGUUACUGGAAUGCAUCAAAAAUAAUGUACCCUCGGACGACUCCCAACCAUUCAGAAAAACCCAGGAAGAUCUAGACUGGGACAAAGUGGCUUUUAAACAUUUUUCGGGAGAAAUGUGCAAGCAAAAGUGGAUGCAGAUUUCUCAUAAUUUGAGGAAGUUCCGCACACUGUCAGAAUUAGUGCUGGAAGCCUCCAAACUUAUUAAAGAACCUCCCAAAAGUAAGACAGUCAAGAAACAUCCCGACUUCCCCAAAAGACCCCUGACUGCCUAUUUGCGCUUUUACAAGGAACAGCGGGCCAAGUACUGUGAGAUGUACCCUAAGUACAACAACCUGCAGCUGACCAAAAUCCUGGCUGAGAAAUACAAUCAGCUGCCAGAAGAGAUCAAGCAGAAAUAUAUUCAGGAAUUCCAGAAGGAUAAACAAGUCUUUCGGGAAAAAGUGAAUAAAUUCAGGGAAAACCACCCUGAUAUAGAGCGUUCUAAGAAGUCUGUGGUGCCCAGGAACAACCAAGCCAAAGUCCGGAAGAAAUCACAAGGAGGUACAGAAAACAUGAAGUCCACUCUUAAAACAGAAUUUCCCAAAACAUUUCCUCCAGUGAUGAAAUUUCAGGGUGAACCCAAGAAACCGCCUAUGAAUGGAUAUCACAAAUUUCAUCAAGAUUCAUGGUCAAGUCUGUGCUAUCUAUCCCUUAGGGAGCGUCAGAUUGAGAUUAGCAGACGAUGGCAGCAAGUCCCAGAGAGCCUGAGAAAGCGUUAUAACAGCCAGGCUGAAGAGCUACAGAAACAAUACUGGGUGGACAUGGACCUCUGGCUCAAGGGAUUGUCAGCAGAGGAAUAUGCUGCAUACAAAGAGGCACAGGCCACCUAUGGUAAGGGCAAGAACUUUGGCAUGUCUAGAGGCACAGGCCCCAAGUGUCCUACAAAAGAUUCCCCAACGACUAUUCCGGGCCACGUUGGUGACUCCCAGGCAUUCACGCAGGAUAUGAUGGAAGAUGGCAAAGAGGAAGACUCCAGCAGCUCCUCAGACUCUAGCAGUACAGAUGAAGAUGAAGAUGAUGGACAUCUUUCUUAG